CAGAAGAACCGGUUCAGAUAAAGUCGCUCGAACAUCGUAACGUUAGUCUUUUGCAACACAUAUAAGAUGGCAGCCACCUUCGGGAGACUUCUCGGGACUUCUGCCACAAGAACGGCGGUGAAUGGACUGAGGGCCCUGGCCUCUCUGAACGGGGCGUCAGCCAUCAGGGCUUCAAGAGCCUUCCCAUGUCCUGCUGUACAGAAAGCCUGCUUCUCCAUCAAUGCUGCUAAAUGGGCACCAGCAGUCACCCAGCAUGCACCACACUUCAAGGGUACAGCUGUCCACAAUGGAGAAUUCAAGGAAAUCAGUCUAGAUGACUACAAGGGCAAAUAUCUUGUCCUGUUUUUCUACCCCCUUGACUUUACGUUUGUCUGCCCGACUGAGAUUAUCUCGUUCAGUGAUAAGGCCAGCGAGUUCCACGAUAUUAACUGUGCGGUGGUGGGUGUGUCUGUGGACUCUCACUUCACUCACCUGGCCUGGACAAACACUCCUAGAAAGAGUGGAGGACUGGGAAAAAUCCACAUCCCCCUGCUGGCUGAUCUUAACAAACAGGUCUCUAGAGACUACGGCGUCCUACUGGAGGGUCCGGGAAUAGCUCUGAGGGGGCUCUUUAUCAUUGAUCCUAAUGGUGUAAUAAGACACAUGAGCAUCAAUGAUCUUCCAGUGGGGCGCUCUGUUGAGGAGACUUUGCGUCUCGUAAAGGCCUUCCAGUUUGUGGAAACGCAUGGAGAGGUCUGUCCAGCCAGCUGGACCCCAAAAUCACCUACGAUAAAGCCAACCCCCAAAGGCUCAAAGGAAUACUUUGAAAAGGUUAACUAAAGUAGCCCUGUCAGAUUGACUGUGCUUCUAAUGGAUAAUAUAAAAUGAAGGCACUUUGUGUGUGAACUGGUAAUGCACAUUAUUAAAGACCAUAGAUUUAUUCUGGUAUAUGUAUCAAACAUACUAGCAGUUUCUAUUUUUGUUCUGUGUAUUUGGCAAGUUGUCUAAAUAAAACUGAUGCUGACUGUCAA